AUGCCUCCCAAGUGGGUCAUCAAGGAGGCCGAAGUAGCCAGUCCGCAAGAUGAGAAGCUCAUUCUGCGCAUGAGUCAACAGGGCAUGUCGGUUGAGGCGAUCUCAAAGGUGCUCCAAAUCAAAGGGGACACAGUUGUGCAAAUACUGCAACAAGGUGCGUCAGUUGUGCAAAUACUGCAGCAAGGCGCGUCUGCCAAGGACAGUAUUUGGAGCACAUCAGCAACUGAUGAGAAGAACUUAAUGUCAGAGGUAAAGGAACUGCUGAGGUAUCCUGAGGAGUUGUGCUGUCCAAUCUCUCGGGAACUCAUGGAGGAUCCAGUGAUUGCUGAAGAUGGCCGCACCUAUGAGAGGUCCUUGAUAAAGCGCAGCUUGGAAGUCAAGCAAGAGAGUCCACUGACGAAACAGCCAAUCCAGAGCCUUGCCCUGUAUCCCAAUCAGGAUAAGAAGUCGGCUGUAGUUGAAUAUAAGGAGGCGGUGGUCCAAAAAGUAAUCUCCAUGAAACACAAAUUGCUGAGCAGCGCCAGCAACGAUGAAGCCUUGAAAUUGUUGGACAAGGCAGAGCUAUUUGUGCGCCCCCUUUUGCCGGAUACAUCGGCUCGUAGGAAACUUUUGGUGCUGCUGUUGGUCCGGGUGAAGUUGCUUGGUUCCAGCAGAGAUGCGGUCAUCUUCGAGACUGCUGUCCUGCUCUUUGAAAUCGAGGGUGCAAAUCAUGUUCGAGGCUUUUUGAGCGAGAUUCAAGAGCAUGAAGUUCGGUGCUUGCUCGAGAAGCUGGAAGAUGACAUGGUCACUAGAUUGCGAGACACCAACGUGAACCUAUACGAGCACAAAGACGCCAUUGACUUGGAGCUUGCUCGCAGGCUUGCAAGGCGCGCUAGGUAUGUCGGAAAUGAUGCGCCACUAGAAGAACUGUGGGUGUUGAUGCUUCAACAUGCCUACGAGGAGCCUUGGGCGAAAGCUGCAGCUGUGCUGCUUGUAUCCUGUAUUCAAAGGCUGGAUGUGAACCUGCAGAUGGUUGGGGACCAGUUGCUCAAUUAUGGCUACAGAUAUUUGUAUAGCAGGGACGUUGCAGAAAGCACUGCCAAAGACUUUUUCAAGCAUGAUAUGUGCAUUCCAGCAGCUCCAACUUGGCCACCCAAAGAAUGCGCAUCAAUCGUCAUGGAGCUGGCGAUGCGCGCCUCUGAUGACAAUCUUCGGAGAAUCCUCCUGCUGGAAGAAGCCUACAAAAUGAACCCCGCGAAUCGACAUCUCAGGGCAGACAUUUUGAAGCACCUUCAUCAACUUUUGCUCGCUUGUAGCGAGGCCACUGUCGUUUGUGAGCGAUUGUUUCUCAAACUCAUUUGCGUAGACAAGCAGGAAAUCCCAGAAAACCUGAUUCCAAAACUGACCUUGUCAAAUGACCAGCUCCAAGAACUGUCUGCUGAUGAACUUCUCUUUCUCGGAGAGCAGAUUGGCAUAAAGAGGCAGGCGGAUGGAUCCCGACUUGUUGUCAAAGCAGCAGAAUUAUUCUCGACUAUGGGAUCAGAGGAAAGAUCCCAAGAGGCUUUUCUCCGGGCCUUUUCGUUGGAUCCCCACAAUGCUUAUGCUUCAGAUGGUCUCAUACAGCUUGUAGUGGCAAUGAAAUGCAAGAACAAAACUCUAGAGGAAAUGAAACAAAAGAACAAAACCCUAGAGGAAAAGUGCGCACUCCUGGAGGAAAAGAGCUGCCAGAUGUCAUUUACAUGGGAUUUAUCUGACUGUGAUUUCACUGCCUUUAAAGCGGGUGAGAAGCAUACCAGCAACCCAUUGCCGCUCUCCCAGUUGGGCAUCAACGUUUGGCUAACACUAUACCCUUUCGGAGAGACAGGGGCGCUUGCUUCGCUUGCUGGGAAAGCAUCCUUGCAUCUGGACUUGGAGACUGGUGCUGGUGGCAAUAAAUGUAGUGUGAGAGGACUGAUCAGAGGUGGGAAUCAGACUCAAAUUGCUUUUGUGCUUGGCGGACAGGGAUUGAACACUUGGGUUCGGCGAAACUUUAUGGACACUUCAGAUAUUUUGCUGAAGAAGAGUGCGAGCUACAAGCUGCCAGACCCCGCUGGAAUCUCAGGGCUGCUGGUUUUUGGCAAUCCGAGGCGGCCGAAGGUGAAAGCAACCAACGGCAGCGAGGGCCUCAUUUUUUGUUCCUCAGCACAUCAUGGCUUCGUGGUGCUGCGCUUUCCGAGACAUGGACCUGAAACUGGAGCUGGCCGGGUUGAGGCGUGCGCGAGCUGCAAGUUCUGGCUUCAGUGCGGAAAGCUUAGCAUGACCGAUCCUGUGCCAAUCAAAGGUUGA